AAUGAGGUGGCUGAAAGGCUGGGCUUGUCGGUGGGGCAGCGGGUGCUCGCGCCGGAGGGGUUGCCAACAGCCGUUGGGACGCGACACUGGUUCCCAGGGGAGAGCCAGCCGCUGCUGCGGCCCUGGUUCGGACGGCCAGGCCCUAGGGACCCACCAUGGAUCCUGGAGACGCCAAACCUGGGUCGCCCGAGGCACCUUCAGGGAACCUGAAACAACCAAAGACUGCCACAGCCCUGCCAAGUAGCGGCAGCGUAGUGAGUUCUGUACCCAAGGCACAGCGCAACGCCUCAGCGAAGACCGCAUCCGGGAAGCACCCUGCAGCCUCAGUUCGCACUGCGAAGUCCGCAGCCACCGCACGUCCCCAAGGAAGUGAGGGCACCGCACCCUCAAAGAAAGCCACCACACGCCCACCCCCAACGCCCACACUCCCACCCCCAACACCCACACUCCCACCCCCAACGCCCUCUGCACACACUGAAUCCAAACUCUUAAAUGAGACGGCGAUCAAAGAGCGUGCGGAGGGCCGAGCCAAAGUCCCGUGCGAAUUCAGGGACAGCCUCAAGCGUUUUUCCUUCUCGCCCACUGGAGUAUUGAAGAUCCUGAGAAUGAGUCUUAUCAUAGGAGCAUUAGCUUGUUUCAUCAUUGCCCAAGCCAAUGAGUCAUUUAUAACAAUCACAAUUCUGGAAAUCUUCAUCGUCCUUUUUUUUAUUCUAAUAUAUAUGCUAACCCUUCACCACUUGCUGACCUAUUUACAUUGGCCCUUACUUGAUCUUACCAACAGUAUCAUUACAGCUGUGUUCCUUUCAGUAGUUGCCAUCUUGGCCAUGCAAGAAAAGGAAAGAAGGCAUUUAUUCUAUGUCGGAGGGUCCCUGUGUCUCACAGCGGUAAUCGUGUGUUGCAUCGAUGCGUUUGUGGUCACCAAGAUGAUGAGGACUAACUUGAAAAGAUUUCUGGGAAUCGAAUUUGAAAGCAAGCUUUCCCCCGCCAAGGACGCCUACCCCGAAACCGGCCCCGACGCCCCGCAGAGGCCCGCCUGAAGCCAGCCCCGCGCCCUAGCAGAUGCACGUGUCUGUCCAAUCUCUGCCUCCGAGCCCACCCCCGAGCUCGCGUGCUGUCACCCAUUCCGGCCUAAAUGUGACCAUAAAAUUAGGGCUACUGCUUUUAUUGAGAACA